UAGUCGAGGCCCGGGCGGGCCCGCCGCUGGCGCCCGCCCUCCCUCAGCGCCGCCCCCGUCACGUGGGGAGCGGACAUGGCGCGGAGUUGAGGGGGAGUGCCUGAAGAUGGAAUUUAGAAUUAAACACACGUGGGAUGGUUUGCCCGUGAGCCACGAGCCGGUGACCAUUGGGCUGAGGCCGGAUAAUGCAGGACUGCUGAUGGAAGUUCAUGCUCCUUUCUUUAAUGACCCUUCAGCACCACCUGGAGAGCCAGGGAAACCUUUUGGGGGUCUGUGGGACUAUGAGGUUGUAGAAGCAUUCUUUCUGAGUGACAGAACUGAGCAGUAUUUAGAAGUUGAGCUUUGUCCCCAUGGGCAGUACUUACUGCUGCUGCUUUCUGGCAGAAGAAAAGCAUGGAAAGAAGACCUUCCUUUGGAGUUUGAGGUGACCAGAAUGAAAACCAAGUGGGAGGGCAAAGCUUUUCUUCCUUGGAGUUAUUUCCCACCAUGCACAGACAAGUUCAAUGCUUUUGCAAUUCAUGGCUCGGGAGAAGAGAGGAAAUAUGAAGCAUUUUAUCCUGUGCCUCCCCACGAACUGCAGGAAGGACAGGAACCAGAUUUUCAUCGUUUGGAAUUUUUCAAAGACUUGAACCUGAAAGAACUAACAGGAGAAGACUGGAAGCAGCCUGAUUCAGAUAUAUGGAGAUCACUCACUAAAUGAAUGGGUUGAGGCAUAAAUUUUUAUCGUGUUGAAGUUGGCUGAAGCUGUAUAGAAACAACUUCCUCAUUGCAGAGUUUGUAGAUAUCAGAUUAGCAGGGCUUUCCUUGACACCAAAAUCAUGGGUCAGUCUGAAAGCAACUACAGAGCAUGUGAAUCUGUUGAUUCUAUAUGAAUGGUUUGUGUUUCAAUCCAUCAGGGUAUGGAGUUUUUCAUCUGUGCAAGAGAUGAAUCUGCUGCUUCUAGUGAGGGAGGAAAAAUGUGCUAAAAUUAUAGCUGUGUUUUUGUGAGAGCUGUGAUACCUGGAUUGAAAUUUUUUGAUUUCUAAUAGUUGCUGCAUUGCUGCUGUAUUUUCACUGCUGCUUGUUUGUUUUGUUUGUUGACUGUUGAAUGAGAUCCUUAGGUGCCUAGAUUUUUUGCUUACAAUCAGGAGGAAGAAUGUCUUGUUCAGGAGCAGAGCAGACUGUAGCUAUCAUGAGUUUUGGAGGCUCAGUACCUGCCCUGCAGGAGGUAUAACAAUGCCCUUUCCUAUAUAUUCCUGUGUCUGAGGUUUUCCCUUGCUUAAUGCCAGAGGGGGAACUUAUUCUGUCUCUCAGACCUCUGUGUGGAGUUUCUAAUGGUGUUUAGGUGCAGAGGAUAGAGCUUUAUGUAUUUCAGGUGAAGUUUCUAGGACAAAUCAUGCUUAGUAAAAUCUUUUGGUAUAGUUGUGUGUGUGCAAAAGUGUUUUUUUUUUUUUUAAGACUUGUCACAUCACUUUAAGAAUUUACCUCAGAUGUCUGAGAAGUCUUUUUUGCAUGCCACUGAGGGCUGGAGAUAUUCUAGGUGUAUAUUUUCUACAUAUGGGCCUGAGUCGUUUUAGUAAUCGUGAGUGUUCUUAGGUGGCAACAUCUAAUCUGUGAGCUCUCAAAAGAUUUACAAGUUAUAUGUUCUUUUUUUUUUUUCCCUUUUUUUUUCUUUUUUCUUUUUUUUUUUUUUGUCUAGCAUAGCAGUUGCUGCUUGAUUGUGGCUGCUGAUUUAAUCUUAUAUAAAUCAGCUUAGAAAAUGUGAAGCUUGCCCACUAACCAGAUCUUUCCUAGUAUGCAGUAAUAAACACAUUCUGGUGGUCCUAUUUUCUUUGCUAUCUUUCAGCUGAAGUCUAGCUGUAAGCUCUGCCUGAGAAGCAAAGAAGGUGGGAAUAUCCCACUUUUGUGAAGAACGUCUCAGUGUGGUUAAUAUCUGAGACAGAAUGUUAGUUCACAGUUUUUGUUUAGCUUUAGAUUACCUCUUUGUACUUCCAGUUUUAUAGAGCUGUGCUUUCAAAUUUGAAGGUAUUAGGCUUUUUCUGUGGCAGCCUUUGGCAUGUCAGUGCACUCAGCCAUCCAAUUGCUUUUGCUCUGUUUCAAUUAGACAAAAUAGGUUCCUUGCUGUAAAGUGCCAUCUGUUGAAAAUUGUAAGUAUUUUACAUUGUUGUUGGCUUCUUUCCUACCUUGUAUCCAUGUACGGUUUUCUAAAGAAUAACAUCAGGCUGAAAUAUUGAAUAAUUCAAUAAAUGUUGAUUAAAAUAUCAUCUAGACAUUGAUACUGUAAAGCUGCUUUGAAAAUUUUAGUCAAAACCAAAAUGGCAUUUCAUGAAACUUUUAGACUUUAUUUUAAAAAGUUUGCCAAAAAAGUGUAUGCAAAGAUUCAAAAUGGAUCUAGAGUUUUUUUUUCUCACAAAGUUUUCAUAUGAGGAAUGAUACUUUGUAUGUAAAGGACAGUAAACAAAUUUUUUUAUUCGUCUCAUGUUUAUUCCUACUUCAAACUGGCUGGUUCAAAUUUGACUUUGGAUGUAAAUGAUGAACUUGGAGGGAAAUAGAUUCCUUUUCCUAAUUAAGUAAUUUUAAAGUAAAACCAUUGUCUUGCAGUUCACAAUGCAAUGCUAGGUGCUCCAGAAAAUGGAAAUUCUUAUUUGGUUCACUUGUGUGUUUCUGAGCUUCAGAUGUCUGUCUGAACUCUUAAGUACUGGGGGCCAGUUGUAGCCUGUCUUUCCUGAACUGCCUUUAUUUUUUUUUUCCUUUGUUUUUUUAAAUUUUUUUAUUACAGGAGGAAGAUGCCAAAACAAGCUCUGUUCUGCAUGAUAGUGAUAGUAUGUUCAUUACUUGUGAACUUAAACACGAGAACCAGAAUUGUACACGGCUCAAUCCUCCUUGUGGUGUCUGUGAAUCUCUUUAGAGUUGGUGUUUGAAAACAUGUUGCGUUUACACUCCCAAAGAUCUUGUUCUUUAUGCUUUUUGCCACUAGGUGGGAGAAGAAGGUUGUCUAAACUGUGCCUUGGUGCUGCCAGCCUAGUUAUCCUUAACCAGAUCCAUUCCUUCUUGCUGUAUCCUUGAUUUUAGAAAAAGGAUAUUGCAGUCAAGCUGAUGGUGGCUUAUUUUGGUUUAUUUGAGACAUCUUUGUUGUAAGAAACACUUGUCAUGCUCUGUAGUUGUAAUUGCUUUCCUGCAGGGCUAUUUUCAAAAAUAAUUUGAGACAAAAUCAACUGAAGAUAAAUUUCACAAGGUAUCAGUCAAUCUGUAGUAUAAAAGUAGUUUUGUGAUGUUCAAAUGAUCUAAAUGUUACUGUGGAUUUUAUUUUUUGCAAAUAUCUUGGAUAGUCUCUGGCAAACUUGCCAAAAAGGCUGUUUUGAAUUUGGCAGGAAUUGAUUUAAUGCAGCUUGAUUUGUGAGAGGUGGUGCACCCUGUCAAGAGUGAGGCUUGAGUGGUUUGAACAACCUGAAGUGAAGUUGCAACAGCAUAAAAACUGUGGCUUAAGAGGGACAUAAAAUUAUUUUCCUUCAAUACAGUAAUGCAAAAAAAAAAUUAUAUUGAGAACUUGAAUGAUAAUGUGUGCUACUGGUAGAAGUGAUUUGUACCUUAAAUACAAAGCUGGAGCGACUUAGGCUGUCAGGUGUAGUACCUAAUAUUUUAUGUAAUGAUCCUGCACAGUGGGGCUUUUUUUGGAUGCAAAGCUCUUAAUAGGAGUAAAAUUUUGCUCAUGUCUUUGUACUCUUAAAUAUUUUUUCUGAUAUGCCAGAUCAGAUAUUAGAGCUAGGAAGCUCUAAUUUCAUUCAGGACUAUAUAUAUUUGACUGCUAUGGCUGAUACAGGUAGUGCAUUAUCUGUUGUAUUUACUAGAUACAUGAGUGAGUUAGUAUUUGUACUGCCCAGCACCAUGAUGAUAAGCUACUGCUGAAUGUGAUAUUAAGUACUAUGUUGCUUGCAGCUGCUUUUUUACAGGCUGUUUUGUGCCUCUGAAAGGCACAGCACAGAAUGUUUUGCUGUGUUUUAAAUUCUGACCAUGUAAAAAUCCUUUGGAAAUGUAAAUGGCACAGUGCAUAAUUUACUGCAUGUAAAAUUUAAAAGUAUUCUUUCCUGGUACCAGAGCAGUCUCUAAAGUAGAAUUCAUUACAUUUAAUUAUGGUACAUUUAGAAUAAUGCUGCUGAAAUUUGAUAGUUAACCUGCAUUUAUUUAGUUGGUGAUUCCUGUGCUUUUGCUUUUGGUGAGUGCUUUAGUUUACUGCAGUGUCUCUGAGCAGUGCUUCAGCAAAAGUACAGGGAAGUGCUUUAAGCCUGAUUUAUUUGCACAGGUUGUAUAAACAGCUCUGCACGUGCUCAUACAAACAGCCUCAGUGAGAUCAAUCCAACACUUAUCAUAAACUGUGUUGCAGUUAUGCCUUUUUCCAUCUACUUGUCUGCCUGUUGAAAUUAGUAUUGUCAGGAGAAUUCAGUUCUAUCCAAGCUUGGUGCUGCUUGUUUUCAUUAUUCUGUUUCUAAACAAGUAAAAGCCUUUGCUGCAGGGGGUCUGUGGGAGGUUUCCAUUGUUUGUAUCUGCACCAGCUAGGAAGAUAUCAAAAUAUGUGCCUGUUUCAUUUUCAGGAUUUAUGCUGUAGACUAUCAUGAAGUAUGUGUGUGAAUACUCUCUGCCAGUUAUGUAGUGUAUUUGCAAAUACAAAUGUAUUUUUAAAUGUGAUAGACCAGAACUGACUAAAUAGUGUUAGAAUAGCUGAAGUAGAUGUUACUGAAGUAAAAUUAAAUUACUGUGUCCUCCCUGCUGUUUUAAAACCAACCCAGCCAGGCUAGUCCAGUGGCUUUCUUGGAAUAUGAACAGAUUCUUGUGGGGUUGGGGAAGGAGUUUUCAGAUGUUACCUUUUUAAAAUACAGAAAUUCCUUCCAUAGGGCACAUUUGUUGCCAAUUUAAUCUUGUCUUGAGUUAGUUUUCUUGAACUUAGUCUCUGCAGGCAAUGAAAUUUAUAUCUUGGUGCCAGUAGUAGCUGUCAUAAAAUUAUUCAUCUCUAAUUCUAGGCAAAGUAAUUGGUUCACUUCUUACUGCUGAGUUUGCUUCCUUCAGCAAAUGAAACAGUUUGGAAACUGGUACUUUCUUAGUGUUUUAUAGCUUAUACAAGCCAUGGUAUUUAUAUUUAAUUGUGUCAGGAACUUUAAAGAACUGGUUCUUGUUUUAAAAUUGCAUAUUACUUUGCUAAAUAUUAACAGCAUGGGCUACAACCUCUUACGUCAAGUAUCUGCUUUAAAUCUUUUUAAUUUUGGCAAAAUAUUUAGCGGUUUCAGAGGAAGGGGUAGUUCAUGAUGUCAGAAGACAGAACUGCAGUCUUGUACCUCCUUAAAUUGUUAUGACUUCUACAAUGAAGUGUUGGUGAGAGGUCCAGGAGUCUUUUGUAAUUUCUGUGAAACAGCUUCUCAGAAGCCUCAGAAGAGCGCAGCUGGAGAGGUGAAUUCUCUGCAGCUUCUGCUGAGAGUGGGAAUCCACCCCUGGCAGGUGGAAUUGCCAGGGUUUGACUUUUUCAGUGGGAAGUGUUCUUUCUGCCUGGCAGGGACAGGUGAUGUGCUGGGGAAUGCCCUUUG